CAAGAAGGAGAGAUAUAUCGGACGUGAAUCUCUCUGUUCAACUUAUGGGCAGUCCCCUUCCAUGUAUGUAAGUUCUAUGGGAAACGCAGCCACUAUAAGUUCUAUGGAGGAUCCUGAGAGCGGCCAUUUUGCUUGGAUAAUCUGUGACACCAGCAUCGUCACACCACUCGUUUGACAUAUCACAAACACAUCUUGUGGAUCAAACUGCGAGCAAGAACCGAGAUGGCAGCCGAGCGCGACAUUAAUGAUCAGCUCGAGGCGAUGGAUCGCGAGGAAGCCACGCUGAUCAAAGAGAUUCAUGCUGAAGAGACUGUCAAACUGGAUAUUCUAAAGAAUAAUUCGCAAAGAAGAAUUUCAUCACCGCAGCUGAACAUUGAAAAGCAUGUACAAAAGGAUGAGGAAAUGGAACGUGAAUUUGCUGAGGCUAUGCAAGUAUACAAUCAAGCCUCAAGAAGAAGUACGUUAACAUCUGACGUCAUUAAAAUAGCGAAGGUGCACGAAGAGCGUGAAAUUGACAUAUAUGAGGUGCACUCAUUAAUUAAUAUAAAGCAUCUCAUACCGAAGAGCUCGGUAACAGACAAGCAAUUUCGUCUAAUUAUCGAUUUUGUGGAUGGUGAGCUGUGCAGGGCAAUCAAACCAAUUUCGUACGGCGUGGACAGUCAAGUACUAUCCGAAGAUUUCGCAGAGGUGUCACCGCACCCUCCAUCCCGCGUCGUAAUACCUACCAGCGAAGCCAUGCAAUAAAGAACCACUACCAUCUACGUCGGGAAUUUUGAAAACUAAGCCAACUAUAUUGUAGAAUUAUAUAUGAACAAUUUUUCUUAUUUCUUCAAACUUGAUUUUUUG